CCGCCAUUGACACAUCGAACGACAUCGCUCCGCGUUUCACACGUCUUUUGUGUAUUAUCAGUCAAGUCCUACGCGCAUAUAAGUAUUGGGAGUGACGAGACAGCGAUGUGCGAUCGUCAGGACGUAACGGUGGUCCAAAUUAUGCGCGCCACGCUCCGCCGAGCUCGUCGAGCGCUACUCAGCCGUUCGUGUAGGAGCAAUCGACCGGUCGAGCACACGCAUUUCAAAGGUCGAAGUGACCUCUUAUGAGCGCGGAUAACUUCAAAAUCUCAUCAGCCAGCCAGCCUGUCUUUGAUAUCGAGAAAGACGGGAGGAAAGGUAUCUACAAAUAAUGCGCAAUACUUCUACAAGGUGCAACCGUGUUGUGAACGAUCCUUCACACGAAGACAUCGGUCGUAAUUUUGCAGUAGUUAAAAGGUCGAAAUUUCAGGCUCGAGGUCGGCAGUACACAGCAAUUUCAACUCCGAAUAGCACGAUGGACGAGCGAUUCACUGCUGACUCUCCCGACGGCAGAGUUUCCCGAGAUGUUCAUUUAUCGCUGUACGAUGCACGGUUUCGGAGUUAUGGCUCUUUGAAGUUCAUUUAUCGUGGCGAGCGUGCGGAUACUUAUGGCUGUCGCUGUACCUCUAACACGACGAAGGAACCGAGCGGCUGGUUCUACCGCCGCGGCCUGUUAAAAUAUCGCGCUGAUUGGGCGCGAUUAUGCUUAAAGGAUGACUUUUCGAUGCGCGAGGAAUUCGUGGGGCCCGUACAGAUGUCACCUGAUGAGGUAGUAUCGAAAUUCAGUCCAUUUCCUGUACAGGUACUUACACGUAUAUAUAUAUAUAUACAUAUAUCUAGGAUUCUUUCUUUUUUUCAUCAAACAGACGUAUGUACGAUAGCUGGAUAA